UUCUAUUGAUGUUACAUACAUAAACAUGUAACAACCAAUCACGUAGCACAAAGGAAAAUUGACGCGAUCAGUCGGUAUAACAGAUGUUGAUUUGAUGAAAAAUCAGUUUUUCGAAUAGGUUAAAACUGUUUUGAAAUAUAUACGUAUUAGUUAGAUAUCCGUAUUAUUUACAAAGAUGAGUCGGAAGGAAGCGUUAUCCCAAUUUAUACAACAAAUUCAUGGACGGCCUGUUGUCGUAAAAUUAAACAGUGGUGUUGAUUACAGAGGUGUAUUAGCUUGUAUCGAUGGUUACAUGAACAUAGCGCUUGAACAGACAGAAGAAUAUGUCAAUGGACAGCUGAAGGACAAGUAUGGAGAUGCCUUUAUACGAGGAAAUAAUGUGUUAUAUAUUAGCACACAAAAGCGUAGAAAUUAAUACAAGCAGAUAUAAAUUUCAAUAAAAAUUAAAUUUUUGUUUAUUAAGUAUAUUGGAAAUUGAUCUUUGCAUAAACAUUUGUAACAACUA